CCCGUGUCCGGUGGAAACCAAGGAGUUCCAGACGAGUCUCCAAUCUCCGGCAUUCUUCUCCCCGGACUCACCGCAUGCAUCAUCUCUUCUCUCCCCCUCCCCUCCCUGGGGGCGGUCGGUCGAUCAUUCACUCGGCUUUCCCCUGUCCUCCCUCGCUACCAAUCCAUAAAUCCAAAUAACUCCCCUUCUUAACAAAAAAAUUCUCCCAGCAUUAACGAAAAAAAAAUAAAAUGAAUUUUUCCCGGAAAGCAAGGGCCUCCCUCUCCUCUCUCCUCUCCCGUUAUCGAAAUCCUCUUCCCAAAACCCCAACCGCGCGAUCCAAUGGAUUCCGAUACUCUCCCCCUCCUCCUUCUAAUCGCUCCGCCCCCUUCUCCCGAAUUUUCCGCCCCGCCGCCCCCUUCGGCGCCGGCGCCAGCACAGGGGGUUGGAGGCGAUGCUACUACUACUACGUGGACAACCGCCAGCUCCAGCACUUCCGCCGUCGCGGCGGGCCUCGCUGGUACCAGAACCCCCGCGCCGUCCUCCUUGUCGCCGUCGUCGGUGGCGGCGCCGCCAUCAGCGUCUACUACGGCAACCUCGAGAGCGUCCCCUACACGAAGCGCACCCACUUCAUCCUCCUCUCCCCCUCCCUCGAGCGCCAGCUCGGCGAGUCCCAGUUCGAGCAGCUCAAGGCUGCCCUCCGCGGCAAGAUCCUCCCCGCACUCCACCCCGACAGCAUCCGCGUCCGCCUUAUCGCCAAGGAGAUCAUCGACGCUCUCCAGCGCGGCCUCCGCCACGACGAGCGCCGCUGGAGCGACAUGGAGUACGCUUCCGAGUUCCCUGCCGCCGCCGACCUGGCCAUCCCUGAGCGCUCCCGGGACACUCUUCUAGCAUUGAGACGUGAGGAAGCGAAAAUUGAAGAAAAAUGGAGCCCAGAGGAUGAGAUUCUUGACGACAGGUGGAUCCACAAGAGCCGGAAGGAGGGCGAGGCUCGCGGGACCGCGGUCAAGCACUUGGAAGGAUUGAAUUGGGAGAUCCUGGUUGUGAGAGACAGCACCGUCAAUGCCUUCUGCCUUCCGGGCGGCAAGAUUGUCGUGUUCACGGGGUUGCUCGACCAUUUCAGGACCGAUGCUGAGAUCGCCACGGUCAUAGGUCAUGAGGUUGGCCAUUGUGUUGCCCGGCAUGUCGCGGAAGGGAUCACGAAGAAUUUGUGGGUUGCAUUAUUGCAGUUGAUUCUUUUGCAAUUCCUGGCGAUGCCUGAUCUUAUCAAUGCGAUGUCAACUCUUGUCCUCAGGCUUCCUCACUCAAGGCGGAUGGAAAUGGAGGCAGAUUAUAUUGGUCUCUUGCUACUUGCUUCCGCUGGAUAUGACCCCCGUGUGGCCCCAAAAGUCUACGAGAAACUGGGACAAAUUGGGGGAGAUUCAGCACUAAGAGACUAUCUCUCCACUCAUCCAUCUGGCAAAAAAAGAUCGCAAUUGUUAUCUCAAGCUCAGGUCAUGGAAGAAGCACUGACCAUAUAUAGAGAAUCUGCUGCUGGUCAUGGGGUGGGAGGCUUCCUCUAAGCACUAGCGCUCUCGUGUUAGGUAUAGUUUUUGCCGGACAAGCCAUGCCUCUCAUCAUGUCUGGCCUGAGAAAGGGUGGGAUCUUUGGUUGGAUCAAAGAACAGAUCACCUGUAUCUACUGUUCAUUAGGUUGAUAUUUCCUUUCCAGUUGUAAACAUGUAGUUGGAAAACCCAGAAUAAGCAGUUGAUUCACUUGGCCAUAAUAUGGAACAACCCUCACCAGGAACUUCUUUGCUGAGUACGUUCUCCAGGGCAAAAACAUGGUAAUGAUGAAAAUCUGCAAGCAAUUUCUGUCAACUAUCUAAAUUGGUGAACUUCUAGCUCCUGAGGGCGAGUCAGGAGAUUGCAAGCAUCUUCAGAUUCUUUUUCUUUAAAAGUUAUUUUUUGUUUUGUCUAUGCAUGACUGGUGCUAGGAGAAUUGUUGGAGCUGUCCUUGGAACCAACCGCUGAGGGUGAUAGUAGCUCCAUUAAUGAAGGCGCACAUACAUCUCCAUCUGCGUCUGUGUUGUUGCAGGAGAGAGAGAUUGAUGGUGUCUGUGUUGUUGUAAGUGAAGGAGAAAGAUUAUUUGUUUCAUUUGUUUGUGAUGAAAUCCAAUAAUGUAUUCAUGGAUGAAUUCUGGUGUCAAGAGAGCUGAUCUUAAUUUCUAUAUGACUAGUUUGCCCUUC